AUGGCAUCGUCGCAAAUCGCCGUGGCUCAUUCGCGGAUCUCUUGUCAUGCGUGUCGCCAUGGUAAAAGGCGAUGCGAUCGAGUCCUUCCGACAUGCGAGUUAUGUUUGCGCAAAGAAAUUCGCUGUAGCUAUCCAAAGCUGCCAGCCAAGCGCUCUUAUACACCGGAGAUAGUUUGGGACGACUCGUCAUCGGUAGCGGACGACCCUCACCCGCAGCAAUGGGACCAAUUGCCGGAUCUGGAGUCUACCUUUGAGACAGCAAGGGCUGUUCGGUUUCUGGCGCCCAAGCUAUUUCGCGACAUCAAGCUAGAUAUUCCUCCUACUUGUGUUUCUCUCCCCAAUGACGUUGCGGUCCAUGUCGGAGACACUCAGCAAAUCCGCGACAUAGCGGCAGUGUUGUUCUCGCACGAUGCUUCGUGGCUACCAAUAGUGUGCCGGAAUCACUUUUUCAAUGCUUCACUGAACCCAUUAUCUCCCCGACGAGCGGAAAGUACACUGUUGGCCUUGUGUAUGAAGCUGUAUUGCACAACUGGGGUCCAUGAUGGUGGCAGUCAAAAGACAGCGCUUUACAGGACGUCAAAGCGGUACCUUUCUGAGAUAGAGGCAACUGGCCUCAUGUCGCUGCAAGUCCUCCAAGCAGCAAUUUUUAUUGCUCUAUAUGAGAUUGGAAAUGCGAUCUACCCGGCUGCUUACCUGACCGUUGGAGCUUGUGCCAGAUACGGCAUUGCUUUGGGCUUGGAUAAACUCAUGACGGACAACAGCGACUUCGACAGAUCGUGGAUGGAGAUAGAGGAGAAAAGAAGAAGUUGGUGGGCAGUGUUGGCACUAGACCGCUUCUUAAACUUCGGUGACCCCUCAAGGCGUCUAGCUACAGGCGAUCCAGAGAUCAAUUAUCAUCUUCCCGUAGACGAUCAAUCCUUCUUCGAAGGUGACGUAAUGCCGCCUAAUGCUAUACCCAUCUCUGCGGCAUUUCAUCUCAAGACUGGCAGUUUUGCUCGCCUAGCUCAAGCAACAUACUUGACAAGUCAAGCUCUUCGACUUGCAGCGGCUAUCGAGACAUCUAGUACAGAGAAUUUUGUCUGUCUCGUGGAAGACACGGAGCAAUUGCGGCGUACGCUCGAAGCUCAAGUUAAUGCUGCGGAACAAGAGCAUGCAACUCGCAGAUUAUCAUUUUGCUGCCAGACUAUGUUUUCCUAUUGGUGA